CCGCACUUCCGGUUCUCUUCUGAUUUGUUGGAAAAUGAAAACUAAGUGUUGAUCUCGCGAAGUUUUUUUUUUCCGCCCCUGUUACUUUUAUUUCACGUUUUUAUAUGCAAUGGAAGUCCGGUGUAAAAGAACCGAGAGUUAUUUAUAACUUCAUAUAAGUGGGCCUCCACCAAGCUGAAGGAACCUCCACGGAAAUGGCCAACCUGAACUGGAAGCCGUUUGUGUACGGAGGAAUGGCAUCGAUCGUCGCAGAAUUCGGUACCUUCCCUAUCGAUUUGACCAAAACGCGUCUGCAGGUCCAAGGCCAGUCUCAGUGCAUGGAGGUCCGCUACAGAGGCAUGUUCCACGCUUUGCUCAGGAUCGGGCAAGAAGAAGGAGUCCGAGCUUUGUAUUCUGGGAUUUCGCCUGCGCUUCUACGGCAAGCCUCGUAUGGGACGAUAAAGAUCGGGACGUACAACACGCUGAAGAAGUUAUUCGUGAGCCGUCCAGAAGAUGAGACGAUGGUCAUCAACGUGUUCUGCGGCGUUGUCUCGGGAGUGCUGUCCUCGUCUUUAGCAAACCCCACGGACGUGCUGAAGAUUCGCAUGCAGGCUCAGGGCAGUCUGCUGCAGGGCAGCAUGAUGGCCAACUUCAUCAACAUCUACCAGACUGAGGGCACACGAGGACUCUGGAGGGGCGUCAUUCCUACAGCGCAGAGAGCCGCUAUUGUGGUGGGUGUCGAGCUGCCGGUCUACGACAUCACCAAGAAACACCUGAUUACUUCUGGCCUGAUGGGAGACACGGUUCUGACUCAUUUCAUUUCCAGCUUUGCUUGUGGUCUGGCCGGAGCGCUUGCUUCCAACCCCGUGGAUGUGGUGAGGACGCGGAUGAUGAACCAGCGCGUACUGUCUGGGAACCUGCUCUAUAAAGGCACGCUGGACGGACUGAUGCAGACGUGGAGGAACGAAGGAUUCUUCGCUCUGUACAAGGGAUUCUGGCCCAACUGGCUGCGUCUCGGACCCUGGAACAUCAUUUUCUUCAUCACCUACGAGCAGCUGAAGAAGUUUCCGUUAUAACUGAACCACCGACAGCACAACACUCCACUGGCUGAAAGUGUGUGUGUGUGUGUGUGUGUGUGUGUGUGUGUGUGCGCGUACGUGUGCGGGCGGCGCAGGAAGUGAGCGAGCAUCCCUUUCUGCCUUCAUCCUUUUAUUCACAAUCGCUCCAUGUAAUGUUCUCACUGAUAUUUAAAGGUGUGUGUGUGUGUGUGUGUGUGUGUGUGUGUGUGUGUGUGUGUGUGUGUGUCCCAUUAUUAUUAUUGUUAUUUCUUUAAAUCGUCUGAGUUUUUUUUAAACCAUGAAGCCUUGCUUUAUCGAUCCUGGCAGCUAAUCCUUUCGGUCAGCACAACUGACGGGAACAUCGUUCCGUGCUUCAGCUCGCCUGUGAGGGACGCUGUAGACGUCAGAGCAUGUGGACGAGCGUUCUCGGAGCACCUUCACGUGGCGUUCGGAUCGCGGCUCAGCGGCCGAGCCUGCUCUCAACCUUACUCUCAAUGUCGAGCGUGAAUUUUUUUGUUUAAGGAAAAAAAAAAAUAGACCCAGCACUCGUUUUUUGUUGUUGUUUCUUUUCUUGUUUGUUGCCAAAUAGCGCUCCCUCGGCCCGAACCGCAGUAAGACGAGGUCUAGAACACACACAGAACCGCAAGCACUUCUGUCCUUUAUGCUCUGUGUGUGUGUGUGUGUGUGUGUGUGUGUGUGUGUGUGUGUGUGUGUGUGUGUGUGUGUGUACAGCUGUUUGUAUACAAGCACGUAUGGAAUUGUAUCAUAUUUGGUGUAGGUGUGAUGAACUGUACAUUAUGCUGCUGUACAUUAGUAAGUAUUAGAUCAGCUUCUUUCUUUCUCUUUUCAGUUUUUCUUUCUUUUAAACCAGAAAGAAAUGUGACACUUUGGUACUGUUACAUCAACAGCUUUAUUUUUGUUUUCUUGAGUUUCAUUUAAAAAAAUUUUUUUAUCUGAAAUGUUUUAAAUUUGACCCAGACAGUCAAUAUUAUUAUUAUUAUUAUUAUUAUUAUUAUUAUUAUUAUUAUUGAGGAUAUAAGCUGUUUUAUUUGUUAUUUUUUUAUUAUUAUUAUUUUUUUUUUUGCGUUUGUAUGCCUGUACAAUCUUUCUCAUGCUUUGUUUUGCCUGCCUGUCAUUCAUAAGAAACACGCACAUAUUCGUUCGUUUGUUUGUUUAAAAAAAAAAAAAAAAAGAAUUGCAUGAGAGCUUUUUGGUACUAAUUUCUCCUCACGCCUGUUCGCAAACGUCGUAAUCAAAUCCCCGGGCCAUUUGAACACCUCUACACGUGCACAUCUACGCUGUUGUAUAGAUCAGGAAGUCAUGUGAGAGCAGCACGGUGCUUAGAAUAAUGAUAAUAAUUAAAAAAAUUAUUUAAUUGGAUUUUUAUUCCAGUGCAACACUGCAGGCGAAGUGGUGCAGAAAACAAAAAACAUCCAGUUACAUUAGAAUGAGAGAGAAGCCAGAGAACAGACAGAAAUGUUGUACUGCUUUAGAUGGCUCCAAUUGGAGAUGCUUUCCACAGUUAUAAAGUGUGGAGAUCACCUUCAUGUCAUUUUGAAGCCAUCUGAAGCAGUACAUCUCUGUCCUCUCUCUUAUUCAUAGAACUGGAUGUUUUUUGUUUUCUGCACCAUUUUGCCUACAGUGUUGUGCUUGGAUGAAAUGUUAUGGGAUCCGCAUUGGAUCCGAAGGUGGCAAGUUCAAAUUCCAGCCACACCAAGCUGCCACUCUUGGGCCCCUAAAGCAAGGCCCUUAACCCUAUAGCUGUUCAGUUGUAUAAAUGAGAUAAACGUAUGUCGCCCAGUAAAAGGGCGUCUACCAAAUGCCGUAAAUGUAAAAUCCAGCAGUAAAAAUCCAACACAAUGGUAUACAUUUUUGUCUGGUGGUUCUCUACUGAAUUCUUGGCUUUAAUCUCAAUAGAGAGUCGAGUUCUAUUCAUUUUUGCUGCUGCGUCGUGAUUGGCUGAUGGGAUGACUGCAGCGUGAGCAGCGUUCCACGUACGAGUGUAAAUCCGACAGGAGACAAACUUGAUCUCAGCUCCAGUUAUCUGGUUCUGUUUCCCUCAAUGAUGUUCAGUUUGUCCUCGAAAAGGUCACCUGAUGUAAAACCUGGUCACUUACAUAAACGGCAAAAGACCAAGACUCGCGUGCCAGUAAUCUUUUCACUAGUUUACUAGGCAGCUUCUUAUUUAUUUUUUAUUUGUUCUUUGUUUUUCUUUUAAAAUGUUUUAUUUUCUGAACAGUUUGCUUUUAAUCUAGCAUCAUGGUGUGUUUGAUAAAUCUGUAAAAAAAAAAAAAAGAUUAUGUUGAUGCAAACUUGAACUUAUUUCUGUUGCCAUGUAUUGAUAUACUAUGCGGCCAAAAGUUGCUCAAGUGGACACCUGACUUAGAGUCGUAUGGUGUUUUUGUACGUCCCAUUCCACAUUUACUUUAUAAUAACCUCCACUCUUCUGGGAAGAUGUUCCACUACAUUUUUGUGGCGAUUCGUGCGAGAUUCAUUCAUUCUAUAAUGAAAUCUCAAAGUACAAAGUAAAAUCAGGUACUAAUAAGCACUCACAUUCAUCCCAAAGGUUUUCAAUAGGGUUGGAGUGCUCUACUAGAUCUUCCACUCCAACCCGUGCAGAGCAUAUGUCCAUGGUGUUGGAUUUGUGCUAUGCUGGAGCACGUUUGGGUCUACUAGUUCAAGUUGAAGACAAGAUUUCGUGUUACAGCAUCCAAAGACGUCCGAUACAAUUGUGUCGACUCCAAACGUUUGAGGAAGAACCGCAUAUGUCUGGGGAAUGUCGGGUGUCCCAAUACUUUUGACACUAUAGUUUAUCGCUCAGCCUGUGAUUAGUGUGUUAUAUUCAGGGAUUAUUUUCCCCUUUUUUUUUUUUUUGGGAGCAUGUUAAUCGGAUCCUGGACGAUAGCCAUCAUUUCAACCUGCAUGGAGAGCGUGCUGCUUUAGAACACCACGUCUUCUCACAUGUCCUGGUGAGAUCUCCAGCACGUACUGAUUUCAUUGUUCGCUUCCUCACGGUGAACACGCCAUCAUCUUCCCUUUUCUGUUUUGUUGACUUCGCUGUGAACAUUUAGCUCGAGUUCUGUGGCUGGUUUUGCUUUGUAUGAUAUAAAUGUGCACCUGACAAUAAAACCUGAAUCCUGA